AUGUUUUAUUCGUGUAAAUUCAUGAACUCAACGAUAAAACUGCUUACAGCUUAUUUAAAAAUCGUGUCAGCACUGUUUUCCAUCUUGAUUUAUUCAUUUUUUGCACGGAACGAGAAAUCGAACAGUUCUCCAUCGACGGACAUCAAACUCCUCUACGCGAACUUCAGUCAGUAUUACCUCUGCAUCAACCGAUCCAAAGACAUCUACGCCGAUAAAUCCCCAUCGAACCCAGAUUGUCACUUCUAUCACGAGAAGUUCGGGAACCAUUACGACGUGUACUACAGCUACACGUACCCUAGAGCUCUGAAGAGGUGCACAAACGCCAACAAAUCAAGAAACAACAACACAGACAGCAGGACAAACAACAGCACGACCAACAACAACACAAAUGGCAACGACAACCACAAUACAAAGACAGACAUCCUUCACGGUAGGCAAGGGAAUGGUAGGAAGCAAUGCCACAAGCAGUGGUUUCUCGGUGUUGAUAAGAAGAGCAAAAAAGUUAAAAUAUUUGAGUUCAACCUUCAGAAAGAGUACUCGAACUCUGCGAUAUUCUUCAUUCAGUCGUCAAAAUCUAGUUAUACUUCAUCUCAUUUUGGUGUCCAGAUAAACAACAACAUUCUACCAAAUGUAGAAAACGAUUCAAGCAACAAAAACAACAACACAGCAACAAAUUUACAUCUUAAAAAUCUACCUCAAGACCCUAGCGAAUCCCAAAACAACAACAACAACAACGACAACAACAAUGACAUCAACGACAACAUCAAGUACAGAAAACAUUCAUUUCUAGAUCAAGAAAAAAAACCAAAACUGAAAAAUCAAAUUAUCCAAGUCCACCCGCGCGGGUCAUCUAGCGGACAUCGCAGUAGUCAGAACAUUUUAUUGAAGGGCUAUAAAACCAGGAAGAAAUUGUUAUCCCCAAAUACAAAGAAGAGAACACAUAGACACAGCAAAGAUUGUUAUAAUUUACUCAAAUUCGCCAAUUGUAAAUCUCAUACUCUGGUGGAAUCGUCAGCUACCAGCACCAACAAAUCCAAAAAACUAUUUCCCAACAGUGACUACCCCUUAACAAGGCGGAGGGUUUUUAGCAAACACGUUAAUAAUAAAAAUAAUAAUAAUAACAACAAUAACAACAACAAUAAUAAUAAUAAACGUUAUAAUUUAGACUAUAAUAACAACAGCUACAACAACAUGAGUUACAGCAACAACAACAUGAGUUACAGCAGCACCGUGGCUAACACACGCAACAAGCCAAUGAAAAACAUCAAUACAACUAACAACGAAAACAACAAUAAUAACAUGAACAACAACAAUGACAUCAACAUUGCCGAUAACACAGGAAAUGAUGUCACAUAUAGUGAUCAACAUGACGAUGAUGAAGAAGAUGAAGAAGACGACGACGAUGAGGAAAACGACGACGAAGAUAGCGAUAAAUAUUCAUUUUAA